UCUGAGUCAAUGGUGAACAUGUAAACGGAUUAAGAUCUUCAGAAUGCAGUGGGCUAUAUUGUUGUAUUUUAAUCAUUUUUGUUUUAUGCAAAUCGAUGUGUGAAGUGGAUCCACAAACAUUCCAUAAGAAAAUUACGGCUCUCUUACAAGCCGGUCGUCUCGUAAAUACGGCAUUACACCGGGUACAUUUAUAAAUUAUUUAUAAACAACAAAGCUAAAGUGCAAACGUGAGUGAUUAACAACACGUAAUAUAGUCACAACGGAACUAUUAUAAUUUUAUAUCAUCUGCCUGACCUUGUCACACCUUGAUUUAAGGAUUCUGUUCCACAUUUUGUUUCAGACAGCGGUCAUAAUUUGUGGCGUCAACAGGCUGUACGGACGAGGUGCUAAUACAAUAAUUGCAGCGGAGACAUCCAUCAAUCAACAUGAUCCGCGCUUCUAAAUUAUUCUUAGUGUUAUCGUUAUGGACUGUGAUUCAAUGCUCACCGUGGGACGAUGGAAGAUACAGACCCGAGAAAUAUCAAUACACAUACAACAUAUACGACGACGGAAAAUAUUAUAGACCCUUAGACGAGGGCAAAUAUAUACCGGGAGAUGAAGGACGUUACACCUACAUUUACCGACAAGGUCUCUACCCGGAUGAUGACGGAGAUUACAGAUAUGUCCACCAGGUAGGGCCCGACGGCGGCUAUGGAGGAAAUGGGGGAUAUGGUGGUAAUGGCGGAAACGGUGGCUAUGGGGGUAACGGAGGAUUUGGGGGUAAUGGCGGAUUUGGUCCAAAUGGCCCUGGCGGACCUAACGGGCCCGGUGGUCCUGGCGGUCCCGGCGGACCAAACGGUCCUGGAGGCCCAUUCGGACCCGACGGCCUCUUCCAGGAGAGGUCAAACAGCUACACUGGUAAAAGAAUAUACGCCAGCAGAUAUCCUUACAUAUAUAAAGUAAUUACAGCUUUGAUCGAAAAAUAUGUAUCAGGCGACAGCCUCCACUUUGGCAAUGAAUAUGAAGCUAGCGAUCACCAUUACAAGAAAAUAUAUGCAGACAAGGAAAUCGCCGUCAAGUGCAAGUAUUUGACUCCCAGCUUCAAAGUGAAUGAGACAUCCGAGUUCACUACACAAUAUCCACCGACUCUGAAUGUUCCUGAUGGCGAGAAGUUCGGCUCUUACUACAGUUUUAGAGGUACGAAAAUUCUGAACACCGUGACCAAUUCUUUGAAAAAUAAGUUGAAAUUGGAAUACGAAGUUUUUGUCAGAGUAGUGGAUGAAGUAGCUGAAUAAUCUGAACAUCUUAACAACAAAACAACGCAGCGGCUAAUUGCAUUCUAAACGAAUAAAGUUUAAUGAUGAAAAAAUGUUUCAUUUGUAAAUAUGGAUAAAAUUUUAGUUCAUACAUUUUCGAUAUGUUGUAAAGGCUAAAUUGUAUAUUUUAAGUAAAUGUCUAAAUAAAUAUUGGUCGUUUAAAAUA